UGGGCUCAGUGAUUGCCUCCGACCGCCCCGCCGCCGCCCCGCGCCACUGUCCAGCCGGCCCAGCGCUCGCGCCUCAGGAUGAGCUCCACGGGCACGAUGAAGAAGAAGUAUCAGACCCUCCGCCGCAAGUUACAUGGCACAGGAAGCGACUGCAGCGGAAGUGGCAGUACGCCCAUCCCGAGUCAGUGUCGUCAGUGUGUCAGCGGAGGCGGUGCUUGAGUCACGCAGUCACGCAACGCAGCUGUUGAAGGCGUCAAAAGGUUGAGGUUGUCAGGCUCCUUGAGCCUCCAUUUGACGGAAAAGUGUUGAAAAAUCCAUCAAAAUGUUCAGCUGGCUGGGAAGGGACGACAGCAAGAAGAACCCCGACGUCUACGAGAGUGUGACGGAGGGACUUCAAAAAAUUUACAAGAAUAAGCUGCUGCCGCUUGAAGAGCACUACCAAUUCCACGAUUUCCACUCUCCUCAGCUCGAUGAUCCAGAUUUUACUGCGAAACCAAUGAUCCUGCUUGUGGGGCAGUACUCGACAGGCAAGACUACGUUCAUCAGGUAUUUGCUGGAACGAGACUUCCCAGGCAUUCGCAUUGGCCCCGAGCCCACUACAGACCGCUUCAUAGCUGUCAUGUACGAUGAUAAAGAAGGUGUCAUUCCUGGAAACGCCCUGGUUGUGGACCCCAAGAAGCAGUUCCGGCCCCUAUCCAAGUUUGGCAAUGCAUUCCUGAACCGGUUUCAAUGCUCGUCCGUUAACUCACCUGUCCUGAAGGGUAUCUCCAUAGUUGACACCCCUGGUAUUCUCUCUGGAGAAAAACAACGCACUGAUCGUGGUUAUGAAUUCACUGGUGUGCUUGAAUGGUUUGCCGAGCGUGUUGAUCGCAUCAUUCUUCUGUUCGAUGCACACAAGCUGGACAUAUCUGACGAGUUCCGGAGAUCAAUUGAAGCCUUGAGAGGACACGAUGACAAGAUUCGUAUUGCGUUGAAUAAGGCCGACAUGAUUGAUCAUCAGCAGCUCAUGAGAGUUUAUGGAGCCUUGAUGUGGUCUUUGGGAAAAGUCCUGGGAACUCCUGAAGUUGCGAGAGUAUACAUUGGGUCCUUCUGGGAUCAGCCUCUUCGCUACGAUGUCAACAGAAGAUUAUUUGAAGAUGAAGAACAAGACUUAUUCAGAGAUCUCCAAUCACUGCCAAGAAAUGCUGCUCUGCGUAAAUUGAACGAUUUGAUUAAGCGAGCAAGAUUAGCUAAGGUUCAUGCAUACAUAAUUGCUGCUCUGCGAAAGGAUAUGCCAUCAGUUUUUGGCAAAGACAGCAAGAAGAAAGAACUCAUCAAGAACUUGGGUGCCAUCUAUGAGCAAAUCCAGCGAGAGUAUCAGAUUUCACCUGGUGACUUCCCAGACUUGAAGAAAAUGCAGGAGCAACUUGUCCAUCAUGACUUCACCAAAUUCCAGCCUAUUAAGAUUAAAUUGCUGGAAGUUGUGGACAAAAUGCUGUCUGAAGAUAUUGCUCGCCUCAUGGCUCAAAUACCACAAGAGGAGGAGGCUUACAGAGAUGUUGAUCAAGGCAAUGUGAAGGGUGGUGCAUUUAAGAACAUUGAAGACACAAUCAGUCCCUUUGGCUACAAGAGGGGUGAAGGCGUCGAUGCUGGUGCUGGAGAGAUUGAAUGGGUGGUUAACAAAGACCGUUCGAAGUAUGAUGCCAUAUUUGAUACCCUAGGACCAGUUGAUGGGAAGGUCACUGGUGCAAGUGCAAAGGCAGAAAUGGUCAAGUCCAAGUUACCAAAUGCUGUCCUUGGAAAGAUUUGGAAGCUUUCAGACUUGGACAAAGAUGGAUUCCUUGAUGCUGAUGAGUUUGCUCUUGCUAUGCACUUAAUUCAUGUGAAGCUAGACGGGCAUGACAUUCCAACAGAGUUGCCAGAACAUCUUGUGCCCCCACAGAAGAGAGACAUGUGCUCGUUCAAUGGUGGUGAUUGAGACAUCCACUUCAAUGAGAACCAAUGUAUUGGGAUCAUUCAUGAGGACAAACAGUAGAACUGCUGGCAGUGUGACUAGUGUUGUCCAACUAUCAACUCUACCAUAGCGAACAAAUCCUCCUGCACAUGAGUUUUGAAUCUAGUUUCAAGGUAUCCUGUUACUAUGUUAGCUUUUCACCCUCAACACAGACAUGAUUAUAUUUGCUACAUGAAACUGACUGUAAAUGAUUUGUAAUUGUCAGAAUUAUUUUACAAGGUGCUUCUUUUAAGUCUGAAGUACUAUUUUAUUGUUAUGUUUUAAAUUCUUAAACCUUGUGCAUUAUUGAAGUGAUAAAUAUGACUUGCAUUUAUUUAACACUUCCCUAGAUGAAUUCUGUUAUGUUGUACAUUUUAAGAAUCAUGUACCAGUGUUAUUUUAGUUAUUGUUUAAAUUUAUAUUGUAUGAUGGGUAUGUUUUCAGAUAGUUUUAUUAUGAUCUUAAGAGUUUUGUUGUUAAUCAAUUGAUGACUUCUCGGGAGCAUACAUGCACAAAUCAAGGUGUUCAAUGCAUUUAUCUCAUGGAGUCCUAUGGAGUUUACUUUAUAUUGGUGAUAAAAUUGUCAAGUUACCUUAUUAAAGCAUUGGCUUUACUCAAGAGACCUCGCUAAUUCUUGUUUUAAUUGAGAAGUCUGUCACCAGUUAUUGUGCUCCAGCACUUUUGUACCAUGAAAGUAACCUGGGCUUUGCUGAAAGACUGAUUGCUUACCAAAUAUUAUUUUGGGUAUAAAAUUCUAAUUGUCUGUAUUUUGAUACAAGAUUUUUACACUAUACCGUACUUUAUAACAGCAUUCCCUGUUUGCACUCUUAGUGAGGCCACUUGACACAAUGCUCUUCCACUUAAAAUUUUUCUGUAAGGAUUUAGUUUUAUUCCUGCGCUGCUCUUGGAAUGUUCUAUAUAUUUAUGUAUGUCUGACAGUUAAGAGUGGUGUAUCAAUAUCAGAAAAGUUGGCAGAAUAUUGUGAAAUAUUUAUUUUAAUGUAUAUAAAGAUACUUAAAACAUCAAUGUCGUGAUAAUUGUGAAGCUACGGCCCACUAAUAAAAGUGCAAUUGUCUGAA